AUGUAUCUGCAUCCGGCGGUACAGCGCCUGCCUCCGCCGCCGCUCCCGUGGCGGUACCACGCCUUCCUCAACUUCCGCGGGCUGGACGUCCGCCACUCCUUCUCCGACCACCUCUACUCGGCGCUGAAGCGGAGCGGGGUCAGGGCUUUCCGCGACGACAAGGACAUGCCACGGGGCGCCAACAAAUCGGAGACGCUCCUCGCGGCGAUCGAGGCGUCGAUGAUCUCCGUCGUGCUGCUGUCGAGCAACUACGCCUCGUCGCCGUCGUGUCUCGACGAGCUUGUGACCAUCUUGCGGUGCAGGCACAAGAUGGCCCACCGCCCGCUCCCGGUGUUCUACCAGGUGUCGCCGGAAGACGUGCAGUACCUGUCUGGGCCGUUCAAGCGCGACUUCGACGAUCACAAGGACAUCUACACGUACAACAGAGUCGACGGCUGGAUCAAAGCUAUGCAGGCGGUUGCCGAUUUAGCAGGCUGGCAUCUCGAGCGCCAUAGGUAUGCUCUCUUUCUCUCCCAAUGA